GUUGGGGUCACGUGACGUGGUUUCUGCCAGACCAGGAAGUGAGCGGGCGGGGCUUGCUUGGUGGAUGUCUGAGGAUGGCGGUGCUGGGCUAGACUCCAACAAGCAUCCAUCAUGACAGCCAUCAAGCACGCUCUCCAGAGGGACAUUUUCACACCCAAUGACGAGCGUCUACUCGGCAUUGUGAACGUCUGUAAGGCGGGGAAGAAGAAAAAGAACUGCUUUUUGUGUGCGACGGUCACCACCGAGCGGCCCGUGCAGGUAAAAGUAGUCAAGGUGAAAAAAUCUGACAAAGGGGACUUUUACAAACGACAACUGACCUGGGAGCUUCGCGACCUGACGGAAGUGGACGCCAAAGAUGCAAGCAAGGAAAAUCCCGAAUUUGACCUUCACUUUGAGAAGGUCUACCGCUGGGUGGCCAGCAGCGCCGCAGAGAAGAACUCGUUCAUCUCCUGCAUCUGGAAGCUGAACCAGCGCUACUUGAGGAAGAAGGUGGAGUUUGUCAAUGUCAGUUCCCAGCUGCUGGAAGAGUCUGUGCCUAGUGGCGAGAGCCAGAAUGUUGCCGGCGGCGAUGAGGAUGCUCUGGAUGACUACCAGGAGCUAAGUGCCCGUGAGGAGCAGGACAUCGAGAGCAUGAUGGAGAUGUGCAACUACGCCAUCUCCAAUGCUGAGGCCUUUACAGAGCAGCUCUCUAGGGAGCUGCAGGUGCUAGAUGGGGCCAAUAUCCAGUCCAUCAUGGCAUCAGAGAAACAGGUCAACAUCCUGAUGAAACUGCUGGAUGAGGCUCUAGGCGAGGUGGACACCAUCGAGGGCAAGCUGAGCAGCUACGAGGAGAUGCUGCAGAGUGUCAAGGAGCAGAUGGACCAGAUUUCGCAGAGCAACCGCCUCAUCCAAAUCAGUAACACCAACAACGGCAAACUGCUGGACGAGAUCCAGUUCUUAGUGCACAACAUGGACCUCUCCAAGGGACACAUCAGAGCCCUGCAAGAUGGAGACCUGUCCUCCCCGAAAGGCAUCGAGGCUUGUAUCAACGCUGCCGAAGCCCUUUUGCAGUGCAUGAACGUGGCCCUGCUUCCCGGCCACGACAAGCUGAUGGCCGUAAAGCAGCAGCAGCACCUUUUUACAGAGCUGAGAGACACGUUUGCUCGCCGCCUCACCAAUCACCUCAACAAUGUGUUUGUGCACCAGUUCAACCACUUCAGUCACUUCAAAAUGACCAUCCCUCACUUCUAUAGGUCCUCCUGUCUCUCACUUCCAGGCUACGACCAGAGCUCCACACUGUCCCAGCACACCGUAGAGCUGACCCUGCCCAAACACAGCCCCCUCCACCGGGACCUCCUGCGCUACGCCAAGCUCAUGGAGUGGUUGAAGAACACCCAAAGGGAGAAAUAUGAGGGCUUGUCAAGGACCUAUGUGGACUACAUGAGUCGACUGUAUGAGCGAGAAAUCAAAGACUUCUUUGAGAUUGCCAAGAUAAAGAUGGCGGGAACGAGCAAAGAGGCCAAGGGCAAGUUUGCCACGCUUCCGCGGAAAGAGAGUGCACUCAAACAGGAGACGGAAAUACAUUUGCACUCAGGCCUUCAUGGAAGUUCAGGGAAGCUGACAGGUUCCACGUCCAGCCUGAACAAGCUGACUGUGCAAGGUGCCAACAGCCGGCGUUCCCAGUCGUCCUCACUGCUGGACAUGGGAAACAUGUCAGCCUCGGACCUGGACGUGGCCGACCGCACCAAGUUUGACAAGAUCUUUGAGCAGGUCCUAAGUGAACUGGAGCCUCUGUGUCUCGCAGAACAAGACUUUGUCACCAAGUUCUUCAAGCUGCAGCAGCAGCACCCGACCAUAUCGCCUCCUCUUGCUCAGCCAGAGGCAGAGGAAUCGGAUGGCAGCACGUCGUCAAAAAUGCCUCCCCAGGCAGAACACAGACACUCUUUGUCAUCAGACAAAGACGUGGUGCGGCUGAUGAUGAAUAAAAUCUUCCAGAGCAUUGAGACGGAGCUUAACAGCCUCAUCGCUUUGGGGGACAAGAUUGACAGCUUCCACUCGCUGUACAUGCUGGUGAAAAUGAGUCACCACGUGUGGACGGCCGAGAACGUGGACCCGGCCUCUUACCUCAGCACCACUUUGGGAAACGUCUUGGUGACUGUUAAGAGGAACUUUGACAAAUGCAUUUCGGGUCAGAUAAGGCAAAUGGAGGAGGUCAAGAUAUCCAAGAAGAGCAAAGUCGGAAUCCUGCCUUUUGUCACCGGCUUUGAAGAGUUUGCCGAGUUGGCUGAAACCAUCUUCCGGAAUGCGGAGCGCCGAGGGGACCUGGAUAAAGCCUACGUCAAACUUAUCAGGGCGGUCUUCAUGAACGUGGAGAAGGUGGCCAAUGAAAGCCAGAAGACGCCGCGGGAUGUUGUGAUGAUGGAGAACUUCCACCACAUCUUUUCCACGCUGUCCCGACUGAAGAUCUCUUGCCUGGAUGCAGAGAGGCGAGAUGCCAAGUACAAGUACACUGACCACUUGCAGUCUUAUGUCAUCAACUCCUUGGGUCAGCCUCUGGAAAAACUCAACCAUUUCUUUGAGGGGGUGGAAGCCCGCGUGGCGCAAGGCGUCCGGGAAGAGGAGGUGAGCUACCAGCUGGCCUUCAACAAGCAAGAACUACGCAAGGUCAUCAAAGAAUACCCCGGCAAAGAGGUUAAAAAGGGUCUAGAUAACCUCUACAAGAAGGUUGACAAACACUUGUGUGAAGAGGAGAGUCUUCUACAGGUGGUGUGGCACUCCACACAAGACGAGUUCAUCCGCCAGUACAAGCACUUUGAAGAUUUGAUCGGCAGAUGUUAUCCUGGAUCUGGAAUCACCAUGGAGUUCACAAUUCAGGACAUGCUGGAGUAUUUCUCCAGUAUCGCUCAGUCUCAUUAAUUUAACUCUGCUGCCAUCCAGUCUGACCAGAACAAUGACUCACUACUGCCACACGCUGGCUGAACAUACAACAGACAGUUUAUUCCCAGGUGCAGUAUCUCAUUCAUUAUUAAUAAAACUGCACUCUUGAUCUCA